UAAUACGUCAACCAGUGACGUAAUAUCCGGUACAGUAAGCGCCUAUUCUCAAACCUUCAGGAGGAGGAAGCUAAAGCAGCGUGCGUGACAGUUUGAAAGUUGGAAUGCGAAAAUCAGUUCAGUCACUGAUUGUCACUCUUCUUUAAUUCUGAAUGAAGGCUAUAAUCAAAAGGACAUGCCUGUACAAAAAGUCAAUGAUUCAUCUGACCUAGAUGCCAAGGUCCCUUCUCAUCUCCAGCGCACAUCUAUAACAAGCCUCACAAUGACCUCUGAACCCUCACACAGAUGUGUCAAGGCUAGAGUGGUUCACAUAGGUCCUGUGAUAUCCUGCGCACAGAAAGAUGGCAUCGAAAUGCUUAGAGCAGAGAUCAAAGAGGAGGACCCCCUUCAGAGAACUGCUGAACAUACAUCAAUCAAUGUCAUUUUCUUUGGCACGUUGGCCAAGGACUUCUCCCAGUCUGCCAGACAAGGGGAUGUUGUCCUUUUGGCAGACUUCACCAUUAAAAAGUCUCCAUCUUUUCUCAGAGACAAACUACAUCCUUGUCAGCUAGAGAUGGAUGGCAAAGAUGAUUGUGUCUAUGUAUGUCCCUCGGCCGAACCCUCCCAUGGUCCUUCCAGUUCAGAGGCCAAAUACACUUAUGUUCCCCUAAACAAUUUAAAGCCCAAGACAGUGGUGAACGUCUAUGGUGUGGUGACCUUCUUCAAACAGCCUUUCCCCUCUAAAGGUUCAGAUUACUGCUCUACACUAAAGAUCACUGAUCAGUCGGAUGUUAAAGUGGGCUGCAACAUCUUCUCUAAAAAACUGGAGGAUCACCCAGUCAUCUUCCGAGUGGGGGACAUUAUCCGACUUCACAGAUUUAAGACUGAAAUGUUCAGGGACUCCAUGUCACUCUUGAACACUUAUGGUUGGUCUACAGUCACAUUCGAUGGAACAAUUGACAGUCCUGUAGUCCCUCAUACCUCCAGCAAAUCAUUUCACUUUGGAGAAUCCGAUAUACGUACGGUGCAGGAGCUUCGCCAAUGGGCUGCCAACCAGUCUUGGAUAUCAAAUGACCUCACAGUCUCUCUGUCCUCGGUAAAGCCCGGGAUGUACUUUGAUUUGACCUGCCAGUUGCUGGCCAAGGCCGUCAUGGAUAGUCGUUGUAUCCUACUAAAGGUGUGGGACGGGACCAAGUGUCAACAUCCCUUAUUGAACGUUGCAGUUGCAUCUGAUGCAUUAGAAGGAGAAUCCACUGUCGCUAAAGACAGGAUGAACCUGACAGCCAACGUUCUGGUCUACGACAAUCACCUGGAGGUGGCUCGAGACUUAAAGCCAGGCACGUUCCUGUGUUUCUACAAUCUCCACGCGCUCCUUCAGAGAGCCCCGGACCAGCUGCCAGAUCAGCUUGAACACCUCAGUUUCCACCUCCAUGGGGGGACGUCAUAUGGACGAGGUUUACGCAGCCUUCCUGCAGAGAGCCCUGCUCUACAGUCCCUCAAGAGUGUGCUAGAGAAACAUGUGGACCUGGAUGAGUAUGAUGAAGUGAACGAUGGCACGUUACUGGAGAUUUGGUACACGCCGCCAGAGGCUGUAGUCUUGCCAAAUGAUGAUGAAACAGAUGCAGAAGCAGAUACAGGACCUUCUUAUACAGUGCGGACGUGUGAGCACAACAUGCGACAGCUCACACUCGCCCGGGUGAAGCGCUCCACAUCGCCACUGUUGUGCCACGUCCGAGCCCGGGUGAAGAAGUACAAUCCUCAGCAGUUAUACCAGUGCCUGAAACUCUUCUGCUCCAACUGUAAAACAAUGGAAGAUGUUCCCGAUGACAGCGCUGUUGCUAAAGUCUUUCGGGAGUCAGCGAAAGACAGCCAACCUUGCGAUGAGCAGUGGGCCGCCACUUCAUCAGCAAGUUCUAGAGAGCCUGGCAGAGCCAUCUCAAUGCACAUAUCCAGAGACAUGGUGGGGGAAAGCACUCACAUGCAGCUGAUAUUCGUCGAAGGAACGACGCUGGAUGAGAUUUGUGUGUUAUCACGGGAUUACAAAAACCUGGUUCCCGUGAGAUCAGUGAACGGCAGGAUGACUCUGAUGGAUCUCACAGCUCCAUUCCUGUUCUCUGGAGACAAAAGAUAUUACGGGUGUAAGCAGUGCUCUCUGAACACAUUUCAAAACCCUGUGUUUGCUGGAGUGGAGACAUGGGAUGAACAGGCAGUCGCUGAAGCUCUGGGAGUUCAGCUAAUGCAGUACAGAUUGUUAAUCCAGUUUGAACUGGAGGACCAGACCGACACAUUAGAGGCUCUGCUGUGGGAAAACGCUGAGAGGUUCUUCCAUGUUUCUGCUGUAGAUGCUUCAGGCAGUCAGGAUUUGCAGGACAAGAUUCAGACCAUCAUGGACACAAUUCAACCACCAGACAGCAGUUUGGAGGAGCGUCCAUGGCUGGAUCUUUGUGUCUCUGUCUACACUGUAAAGGACAACGACAGAAAUAAAGUUUGCUGUCAGAUCACUAACACAGAAAUGAAAGAAGAAUAGAGAAGUUAUGGACAUUUUGAUUAAAAGUAAAGAAAUCAUAGAUGACCACCUGUGAUGAACAAGAAAAAAGGGUUUGCCAGGAAUAUUUUGUGUUAAGAAAUGUAAAUACAUUAUGAUCAAA